AUGGUCAAAUCGUACGAUCGUUUUUUUCCGAAAAGAGUAUGCGCAUGAGCCGUGACCUGGAAGGAGCAGAAGUUUCGCCUGUGAUAUGGGGUGAACUUUAUGACUCGGUCGGCCGAUUUUCGAAAUCAUUGAUGGCGCCAUCGGAUUACAGAGCGAACGACGUUUUUCGAUUUUCGGAUGAAAAAUCGUUUGGAAUGCGACCCGUGUAUGGCCUGCCUAAGUCCGUAAAUGGCCUGUUUCACUUGCAUGGACGGCUCCUUUGAAGGCAUGAUGGAGGUUCACAGCAAUAGAUUCCAACUUUUCCGUUCCAAAUUAAAAAAAAAAAAAA